AUGGGCAAACAAGAUCUACAACCACCUCAACCUUCGAAGUCAUUCAUCAAGGGAGACGAAAAAAAUGUAUCGGUAGAUAUAUGGGAUCAAAAUUAUAUCAAGAAAAUUCAAUCGGAAUCGGAAGAAAUAAUGGAAAUUCGAGAGAAGCUGAGACAAGGAGAUGGAGAGGAAUCAAAACUCUACGAAAACUGCAAUGGUUUGAUCAGGAAGAAGUUAUCAAAUGGCAGAAAAGCAUUCAUAAUUCCAAAUAAUAAGGUGGAAGUCGACAAAAUAAUCAAGGAAAUCCAUCAAACCGUCUACCUGGGAGCUCACUUUGGAGUAUCGAAAACAGAGACAAUCAUCAGAAGAAAAUUCUACUGGUAUGGAAUGAAAAAGGACAUCAAGAAGUACAUCGGAGGAUGUUACAAAUGCCGAGCAAGUAAGAUAAAAGACGCUAAAGAAGCCAUCAAGGAGAAGAUCAAAGAGCAAACGCCGAAACCACAAGCACAAUAUCAAACACCAAACCAAGUGGAGGAGAUAUAUAUCAACGAAGGAGAUCUAGUCUUCGUUUGGAGACGACCAUCGACAAAGAAAUCAACACCACACCUGGAAGGGCCUUUUAAAACAAUCGAGGCCACAAAGUUAAAUGUUAUUUACAAGGAAGGAAAGAAGAAGAAGAAACCACACAAGGAUGAUAUUCGAGUUGCAAGAAAUGAGACGGGAGAAUCGGAAGAAUAA